AGUUAUCAUAUUAUUUAUUAUUUAUUGGGGUCCAGUCAUUCAUAUAUAACAUACAUAUCAAAAUAUAAAUUUUUUUAUUACUUAAACAACCUUUAAACUAUCCCUUCCUUCCCCUACCUCCCCAUUUCUUCCCUCUUAAAAUGCUUUGGUUGUGAGAAUAUUUUUCUCCGCUAAUUCUUCUCCCUUUUGUCUCCCCGGACUUUGAAUGUUGAACUCCGUCAACAGCCGGUCGUGUACCAUGCCUCAAAUUAUCUCUAUGACUAAUAUGGGGAAGCCAUAUCUAUCUAUAUAUAUAUAUAUAUAAUUGGGUAUUGCAAAAGUCAGUAAACUUUAUAAUUUAUGGCUUAUUUUUUGGUACUAUAGAAGAUUCAUCCUAUGUAAUAAGAUGUCGUUAUUGGCCGAACAUAAUGCUUUGGAGUUGGAAGAUCGUGCUUCAUUGAUCUUACCUCGAGAACUGAAUAAAAGUCAAGAUAUUAUAAGUGAAGAACAUAUUUCAAUUGAUUCUUUGACUUUAAUUCAAAAUAUCAUCGCUAAUAAGGAUGGUAUUUAUGUAGUGGUAUCAGGAUUUCUUUGUAAUUUCAUGGUAUUCGGAGUGGGGUUUUCUUACGGUGUGUUCCAAGAAUUUUAUAAAUCUCAAGAUGGUCCUUUAAGUCAUUGUUCUGAUUUCCAAGUGGCUAUGGUUGGUACGUUUGGUACUGCCUUAACUUAUACUUGUGGGAUAUUUAAUAAAACUUUAUUAACUUAUCUUAAGCCAAGAACUCUUAUGCUUAUUGGUUCAAUUUUAAUGUCAGCUGGUUUAAUAUUAGCAGGGUUUUGUACUGAAUUAUAUCAAUUUAUCUUGACUCAAGGUUUGAUUUACGGUGUCGGUUCUAGUUUUGUAUAUUUACCUCCCGUCGUAUGUGCCCCAAUGUUUUUUAAUAAACAUAGAGCCAUUGCUAUGGGUUUAUUAUUUAGUGGUACUGGGUUUGGAGGUUUGGCUAUUGCUCCUUUGACUCGUUAUUUGGUAUCUGAAAUUGGAUUCAGAUGGUGUUUAAGAACUCUUGGAUUGAUUAAUCUUGCUUUAACCAUUUUAGCCAGUACUCUAGUAAGAGAACCUCCAGUUGGUACUUUCAAAUCUAAUAAUAAAUUGUUUAAUAUUAAUCAAUUAGGUUCUUGGAAAGUUUGCUUACAAUUAGCAGGAUCUUUAUUACAAGCUGCGGGUUAUUUAAUUCCAUUGAUUUAUAUGUCAUCCUAUGCUCAAACUUUAGGAUUUACAAGAGGUCAAGGUGCGUUAUUCAUUGGUCUUAAUAACGCCAUUAAUGCCGUAUUCAAAGUUAUAUUUGGAUUUGGGGGUGAUGAAAUCGGUCGUCUUAAUAUGAUUAUCAUUUGUAAUUUAUUAAGUGCUGUAACUGUUUUUGGAUUAUGGUAUGUGGAAUCAAAGAGCGCUUACAUUGGGUUUAUUGUAUUAUAUGGAGUCUUCUCAGGUGCUAUCAUUAGUUUAUUACCCACUUGCUUGUUAGAAUUGUUUGGGGCUGCAAAUUAUCAAUCCUUAAGUAGUAUAAUGUACUUCUGCAGAGGAGUUGGAAAUUUCUUAGGUUCACCUUUAGCUGGUCUAAUGAUUGUUAACAGUGGAGUUAAAGCAAGUGAUUAUAAACUUCCUAUUAUCUAUAAUGGAGUUCUAUUAGUUGCAAGUACAGCUUGCUUAGCCGGGGUUUGGGGUAUAGCAUAUACAGAAAAGAGACAAAAGACUUGGAAAAUUUAA